GUUGUUGACGUUGAGGAUGAAAUUAUUGGCCGGUCUGAAAUCCUUAGUGGUUUUAGUAACAGCGACAGCUUGUCUAGCAGAUAUCACGCUAGUAGAGCAAGCUAACGCCCAACUAGCAAUUGGGAGAUACAGUGAUGCCGCUAAUCUAUUUACGAAAGCAAUCGAUGCUGAUCCUAGUAGCUAUCUAUCACAUUACAAAAGAGCAACUGCAUACCUCAGUCUUGGUAGAAAUGCGGCUGCGUUAAAUGAUUUGGAGACAGUACUCGAGUUACAGCCUACAUUUGAGCAGGCGAGAAUUCAAAGAGCUAGGAUCUUCUUGAAGGAUGGAGAAUAUGUGCAAGCAAAGACUGAAUUAGAUACCUAUCAGAAGAAGAACAAGGGUGACAAGAUAGCGAAAGAUAUGCAAGCAAGUAUAAAGAGUCUACAGAAGCUCAUCAAUCAAACAGAGAAGACAUACAAAGCUAAAAGAUGGUCUCAAACACUAGAUUCAGUUACUAAAGCAUUAGAAAUUGCUAGUAACUCUUUGAGGCUCUAUCAGAUUCGUGUUGAUUGCUACCUCGCUCUUGGUGACAUAACUAGAGCGACCUCAGAUUUGAAUCGUAUCGUUCGUAUACAACCCUCCAUCCAAUCAGAUUUACUACUGAGACUUGCACACCUUACUUACUAUUAUCAAGGAAAACCAGAAGUAUCCUUGAAUCAAAUGAAGCAAUGCUUACACACAGAUCCGGAAUCUAAAGUAUGUAAAAAGUUCUUUAAAGUGCUUAAAAACGACACGAAAGACAUAAACCGCGCUAUCAUGUUCUCACAAUCGGGUAAUUGGAGGGCAUUAGCUAGCGUAAUUAAUGGUAGCAAUGGACUGCUCAAACGUUUAGAUCAAGGGAUGUUAGCUGGUAGCACAGUAACAGAAUGGAGUGGCUUAGAAGAAGCGCCAAUACCCAAAGCAGUCUAUGAGGCAGACUUGAGUCCAGGGUUGAGGAACUAUUUUGUUACUUUGGUGUGUAAAGCAUACGUACAAUCAAACGAUCUCAAGAAAGCUGAGGCUUUCUGUGAAGAGACACUCAAGUUUGACGUCAACAACCUUGAUGCUUUAAUCGCAAAGGCUGAGGGAUACCUCAACGCAGAAGACUAUGAAAAGGCAGUUGAGGUGUUUGAGAAGGCAUUCGAAGCCAGUGGUAGAUCAAGUAGGGAUGUUGCGUCAAGAUUACAAAGAGCUAGAAAGUUAUUAAAGCAAAGUAAAUCAAAAGAUUACUACAAGGUACUUGGUGUUCCUCGCAGUGCAUCCGACAAGGAGAUAAAGAAAGCAUAUCGUAAACAAUCAAAAGAAGCGCAUCCAGAUAAAGGAGGCUCGGUAGAAGCGAUGGAGAGAUUAAACGAAGCGUAUGGCGUAUUGAGUGAUCCAGAAUUGCGUAGAAGGUUCGACGAAGGUGAUGAUCCAAAUGAUCCGGAGAGUGGACAUGAACAUCCAUUCCAACAAGGUGCUGGUGCAUUCCAGCAAAUGUUCUUCUACAAUGGAUUCCCGGGUAGCUUCUCUGGUGGGGGAUAUCCCGGUGGAUUCGGUAGCAGACAUUUUAUGUUCAAUUUCUAAGCAAUGCAUUUUAUAAAAAUUAAUUUUU